GCAUCCCCGUGCCUGGUCGGUUUGUUUAUUCCGUGUCCUUCAGGAAUGCGAAGUAUGUGUCCUGUGUAGUUCUGUUUGAUGAUGAGAUGAUGUAUGUGUAUGUAUGUUUGUGUGAAAGUGUGUUCGUUCGCUUGCGUUAGUUAAUUUGCGUGAGACUGAGACGCUCAUCUUUUAGUAGUAUUGACAAGAUGUCAGAACGGCAAUUUCUUCCAUUGUGCGACCUUCUUUUCAACCUCAUUUCUCUUGCCUGUUACUUCUGCGACAUUGUUUUUGACCUCACGAUGGGGUACGCUCUUUACCAAAAGGGACAGUAUUUCUGGGGCGGGAUAAUCGUGUUUUUUGUCCUUUUCUCACUGACAGUUUGUCAGAUCUUCAGUAUCUUCUGGUAUUUGAAGACGAAAAAACGGAGCUGCGGGAAGAUCGCCUGCCUCAUCCUAGUUCACAGUCUUUCUCUCGGCGUCAUUUGGAGACAUUUCAAACUUCUUCUUCCAGUCGACCUCUCAUGGAUUAAGUCUGAAAUGAGAGACAUCUGCGUCUUGAGACUUCUCCACGGAUUUCUCAACUCGGGGCCGACUCUCCUGAUUCAGCUGCAUCUUUUUCUCAAUUACGAUAUGGAAACCGAGCUGAAAGACCUCUCGGCCCUUUCCGUCUGCCUGUCCGUCUUUUCCAUCUGCUGGGCUCUUUCUUCGUAUUCGAAGAACCUCAAAAGGAGGAACAUUCGUAGACUCGUACUCACUUGGCCCGGAGUUAUUACCCAGUUUAUGUGGCGUCUUGGCACUGUUGGUACAAGGGCAAUUUGUCUUGUUCUUUAUUCCUCUCUGUACGGUCCAUGGGUCCUAGUUGUAGUACUUCUUCAUUGGAUUUCCAUGUUUCUUUGGAUCGUAUCAACUGAGUUGUUUGCAAUCAAGCAGACAAAGACUCUAGCCCGCACAUGGACCUCUGCACUUGUAGCCUUUGUGUAUAUCCUUGCUUAUAUCAACAUCCAUGAGGGAAAACACAGACACAAAAUGGUAGUUUAUUAUGUUGUGAUGACACUGGAAAACUCCCUCUUAUGCUUUUCUUGGUACCUAAAUGCUCCCAAAACCAACAACAAUGAAGCUAUGCCAUUGUUUUUGACUUGCACUUACACGGCUGGAAUUCUUUUCAUGCUUCUCUAUUACAGAUUUUUUCAUAUCCGCAGGCUGAAAUAUGAUGUUGAUGGAAGUGUCAAUGUCUCUAAUGAGGUCAUUGGAGAAUCAUCAGUUACAGUGCCUGAAAAUGAAGAGAAAAAGAAAGAGCCACCAAAACAAGAGCCACAUCAAAUUCAGAGUUUGAAACCUUCUGGGAGAUACAACAGGUAUUAUAGCGGGAUGGGGCAUCACCACAAUGGAAUACCUGGUGUAUUCAAUUGCCGUUUCACUAACCCAUACAGUGCUGCAAUUUCAAAGCGAAAGAAAAAAAAACCAACUUCUUUUGUUCCUCCACCAAGUAUCUUACCUUCUCAGCAUUGCCCAGUCCCAUUUUGGUGCCGACCCCUUGUGUCAGAAGAUAAGACAGUAGUUAGGAGUCCAGUUGAUAUACGAGCCAAACUUGAAGAAAAGAAACAGCAACAACUUGCUGAGUUGAGGGACAUUGAAGAAGAGAUAAUGAGACGUAGAAAUGGAAGUGAUUACCCACAAGAGUUGGCUCCAUCAUACCUUGGAAUGACAAAUCCAGAAGUAAUCCCUUACACACUUCCCAGGCAGUCAAGAUAUUUCAAAAGGUAUCGAAAACCAACAAAGCCAGCGAGAUAUUGCCCUCCUGCAAAUUCUAGUGAUGGAGAUGUUGACUCCCUUGAUGAUAAUGAAAAUGAUAAUGGUGGAUGUUGGUACACAAUGGCCCAACAUAAACUGAGACAUAACCCACGUGUCAGGCAUGAAACCAAAUUAUAGUUCCUAAUUCAUCAUUCUAUUUAUGUACAUGUUUUUAUUUAUGUUCAAAAGAAAUAACAAUUACAGCAAUCAUAAAUUUUAUCGAUAUGAAUAUAAGUAAUUAUAAAGAAUAAACAUCAUUGUACAAAGAGGAAACAGGCCAUUCUCUUUAUAGAUUCUCUACUUUAUUUGUAAAUACUCCACAGAGUUUCUAUUUUUGUAUAUAUUAUACAUAUUUUAUUUGUGUUA